AUGACCUUGUUGUCUAGGAAAAGUUCCAGUGACUCGACCGGUAAGGGAAAUGAUGCCCGCGGCCGGACUCGGGCUUCGUCGACGGAAAGAGAUCAAGGCUCAAGCAAGUCGUCUCUGCUCCGGCGCCUGAGCAAGAGUAUCAGUAGAUCGGAUGAGGGGCCAAAGAAGACAGACGAGCACUCUGAGACCGCACAGCACCAUGAGGCCAAGACAAGCCAGAAGCAACCAUCCACGGAUGCAAAGCAGAAAGUCAUUGAACCGAAAGUUGAUGAGUUAAAACCAAAGACCACCGCGCUUGAUGUCCGAGUUGAGCCAGUGGAAUCCCAUCCUCACCAUUCGGUCCACGCCGUCUCUCCCAGAAGUCCGCCAUCAAAACCCACGAGUGCCACAGAUAACCAUGACCUUCCAAUCCAGGACUCAGACAUGGUAUCUCACACGGCGACCAAGCAAGAGCAUUCCAAAAAGCUCAAGGGUCUCACCAAAGAUGACGUCGAACAUUUGUUCAACGGCGCUCCUCACUUUAUCCUGGAAAAGGGGACACGGGGACGAUUCUUCCCGCAGGCCUUCUUUCCCUGGAACAAUGACCUCGAAGUGGGUGACCUCCAAGAUCGGAGAUAUCUCAAACAUGAAAGCUUCGCAUUCUGUACGCUUCAUGCACAUUUGCCCAUACCAGACGAGGUCGGAUGGGUUCCUGGCAUGCCAUUCCCAAUGAAAAAGGCCGGACUCGAAACUGGGAAGAGGCCGCUUUUCGAGUUAGGUAUUUACGAGAGACCGAACAUGCUGGCACAAGAUGGGCGAGAGCCUGGUACCGUUGGUUUGAGAUACUUCCUCGAGAGACCGGUCGCAGACGGUGUUCAGGAUAGCAAGAUCAGAGAACACACCAAGGACGUGGAAGUCGAUCUCGCAAUGAGCGACACUACCGCGACUGAGGCAUUCAAAAUGCUAGCUCUGUCUCGGGACAAUGAAGAAAUGAAUGCCAAGGUGGGUAAGCACGCGCCCGUACAGGAUCGUCUCAAGAUCAUCAACGGGGGCCCUCCAGCUUGGAGGAAUGUCGGGGUGAGACCAAUCACGAUGCAAUGUCUGGUCGGGAGAAUGGAAGUUCUCGACGGCUGGCGUGAUAGAACGAUAAGUGCAGGGUGGCGUGCCACAGUGUUGGACCAAGUGAAGUCCCUUGAGCUCCACGAGCACCUGUUCGGCGAGCUGCUUUUCCCACCACGAAAACUGCCAGACGCGUCCAAGUGGCACGACAAGGAAGCAAUGAAGGUGCAAAUCGAAGCUCUGGUCAAAGUCCUCGCCACACCAGGAGCAUGGCUGGACUUGAGCGAUCCCGAAGCAAGACUACGGUUUGGCAAGAUCAUCAACAGCCGCACCACUCACUUUGAUCCCACGACUGGUACGAUGAUUAUCAAUCCGGAGAGGAAGUGGCUUCUCAUCCAGCUUCUUCUCUCCCUUGAACUCGUUGUCCGCCUUGACGCUGCUUUACGCCUGGGCAUCGCAAUGCAUGCGGAGAAGUUCGAGAUCUCAAGUGAAGAAAUACACCACUUUAACAAGCUCCGCACACUUAAAGUUGACUGGGACUUGGUGCUUGCGCGACGCUACAUGGACUUCUGCCAUGUGAAGAGGAACGAACACAAGGAGACAUUGAUCAAGACCGAAUCUGGAACCCACAAGCUUGACCGCCACUCCAGUUUCUUUUCUGGACUGAGGCACUCCCUCGGUCUCGACGACAGGGCCGAGUCGGAACCAGAUGUUUGCGAUGUUGCAAUCCUCCCACGCGACCCUCAGAUCAUCGUCGAUGGUGUGUUUCGCUUCGCUACCAACAUCGGGUGGCCGAGGGCUCUCGACGUGCAGUCACGAAUAUCGCAAAAGUUGAACCAAGGUACACAAGAAGAGCGAGAGAGGUUUCUUCUAGAGGCCUUUUUCUGCUCGAACGAAGCUCACCAUGCACAACAUGAAUCGACACAGAAUAUCGUUCCACCACUGAAUCAUUUCAACCUGAAUUUACAUGCGGCAUCCCCUGACACCAUUGGCGGCUGGCUCUCCCACAGCUGGUUUUCAGGAUUGAUCCUCCCCGGCCAUUCUAUAUGCGACAUACUCAUGGCAACACUUCUCGAGAACGAUACUGACCCGGCAACACUCGAAGCUCUAGGCACAAUGAACCUGCCUUUCCGAUCCUGCGGUUUUGUGCUGGGUGGGUCCUCGUGGUGGUCAAAGUCCAGCAUUGUUUCUAGGGUGUUAGCACCUCUGCGUGGCUCAAAGGAGAGCAUGGGUUGGACUUACCUCCCCAACUUUGUUCCCUUUGUCGAGGCUACCUCGGAACCCGUCUUGAACCGAUGGCUGAAGAUCAAAUCGUACCCGGUUCCCACGCAACGAGAACGUCCACGCAUCUUUGACGGCGACAGACUUGCGACCGAGUCUACGCCUCUAGGUGUUGGCAAAGGUGGCAUCAUGGGUGCCGAGUUCAGCAUGGUGACGGACCACAUUUUCGACUAUGAUUCGCACGCCGAGGUCGUCGUCAACGAAGUCAGCCUGCAUCUAUCCAACACCAAUGCAACGUCAGUGAGUGCCGACCAUGCACUUUCGGCCUGGACUCAGUUCGACCUUACGAUCACACGAGCGGGUGGAACAAAAGAGGCCAAAAAGGUCCGCUACGGUCUCGACAGAGCAGUCUACUUUGUCACAGCGCACCCGUGCCGGCUUCCCCACGGACACGCGACGUUGAAAGCGGGCUCAGGCGAUGAUGACCACGAUCCGCAACACCCACAGCACAAGCCGGCCGAGCACAUCCCCGCGCACCCACUGCACAAGACGUACAAAUUCGUCACGAAGUCGCUAGAAGAGGUGGUGCAGACACCUCAUCUCGAACCGCCCGCUUCCGGUGUGAGUUCGGCUGAAGUCUGGAUCGUCGAUGCCCGGCAUCCUCUGGGCGACGACGAAAGGGAGACAUGGAGUCAAUUGCAGAGCCUCUUCGCUCGGAGUCGGAAUCAGAACCAGGGACAGAAUCAGGCCGAGAACAAAGGAAGUUCCGAGGACAAGUCGUCAAAUCAUGGCUCUGCGUCAUCAAAGAGUCUCGUAUCGAGUCUCAGUGACUGGUGCGGUCCUGGCGUGGAACAGAUUCGGAAUAAAGAUGUCCUCGUUCGGGCUUGGUGUGCGCAAAAGGGACGUAACGCCAUCAUUGCACGAGUGGGUAGAACGUGUCUUAGUUGUGCCGUGAGGGAGGCAAAGGCAUUGGAGAUCGGUGUUGUUGUGAGAGUUGGUAUUAAGGAGUGA